AAGAGACAGAGAUUGAGAGACAUCCACCUGAUGAGACAUCGGCCAAAUCCCAACCAGAAGUUGAAUUUCACAGAGACGAUCAAUAUGAAGGUAGGCAUAUCAAAGACGACGGAACUGAAUUUAACUUCUUACCUCAACAAUGA